CUGACCUGCGAGGAAUUGACGACGGUCAACAGCCGAUCUCAGCGUCGCAAUGGAGAAGACCACGACCGGCGACACCCGCGGCAAUGAUGCAGUCUGCGCCGUGUGCGAGAUCGAGUAUGUGACUGUGAUUUGCAAGGAGUGCAGGAUUGUGUUCUGCCAUAGCUGCUUCGACCGACUCCACCUUCACACUCCCGCUGUUCAGCACCACCACAAAGUUGUUGCUCAGGGUACAUCGUCCGAGACGUGUGUGCCACUUCCAACGUCAUCCACGGCAACCAAGUCUCAACUUGCAAUUCCAUCCUCUGGUGAUGUGAACGGAAGAGAGCUCAACUUUCGGGCUCCUUUUUUACGACCACACCCUCUGCGCAUUCCGACGAUUACCCCAGGCACCGACUCUGGCUUGCGGGACAACGACAAUGACGACUCCCCAAGGAAAGUCCCACGAAGUCACCACGACACGAGCAUUCCAUCGGCAUGUGUCAUCCUGGGGUCGGGUGGGUCAGCGCGAACGCGCAACAUAACCCCGGUAUCCUCAGCUACAUCUCGUCACUCCCCAUUGAUCACUUUCAACACGUCGCCGAAUGCUGCCAACAAUGCGAGGCCGAUUCUGAACCCGCCGGUGGCGCCAUCGAAAGCAUCCGACACACUCCAACAAGCUGAGUCAUCUCAGUUGUCGAUGCAAGCCCUUCCGGCCAUCAUGACCCAUCUUCCCCACGAUCCAUUACAACAGCAACAAUUCCUUCCAACCAUGCCAUUGUCCUCAGCACAUGGUGCAGCCGCCGCCAUCGUCAAUGACGAUGGCGGCGCAGACCAUACGCUGGAAGAUCUGUUCUUCGACCGGUUCAACAGCGUAAACGACCAAGUCGACUGUCUGGAGGCUCAGCUCGCUGACGCCGUGACGCAAGCCAUGUCGUCGACGACCACGGCGGCUCGCAUUCAUAUUACGCGCCAGCACCUCCAAGUGAUGAACGAGGAGCGACUGCAAGCCCUGUCAAAAGUCAUUGUGCAUUCACCGGAUCUGCUCCAACGCAACCGUGGCUUGCCAUCAGCCAACGUCCAAAAUGUCCCAGAGUUGUGGACACGCUCUUUCCAAAAGCUCAAAGCGAUGGCUACGCAUCUGAAAACCGCGCAGUCCAACAUGGUGGAAUUGCACGGGCUUGUGGUCGAAUGCGAAGGUCGGGUCGAGAUGGAUAAGAAGCUCCGCACGCUCCACGAAGCGAUGGAAAACAUGCGGCGGUACAUUGCCUCGUUGCGGAGCAAUCGUCACAACGAGUGCAUAGCAUUGCUGUCGUGCUGCGAGCCGUUGCGCCGUCGAGUCGACGACGAGCUCAACGAACAGCAACGAAGAGGAUUAAUCAGCUAACCUCUAACCAGCCCUUGGAGUUGUUGCUGUCGUUGUGUGUCGUGCAUACACACAAAAUGCAGCGACAGUUGCGGGCAAACGAAUUGUGGCCCACAAUUUAUUGCUAGCGAUCAACUUGUAAUGACAACGAGCAUGGUAG